AUUCAUUUAAUCAAAACCCCGUUAGGCCUUAACCCUUUCUUACCCCAAGUUCUUCGCCAUCUUUCUUUCUCCGACUUCCAUUCUCUUAAAACUUCCCCGUCUGGUAUUACCAUUUUAGAAAGAAACCCACACGGUACACGCGCACAUACUCACUCUAUCUUUUGGAUCCUCCAUUUUUGGUUGAUUUUUUCGCGUUCUCACAAUUCUUUCCGUUUCUUCUCAACUCACAACCCGAUAACUGACGCAAACUCUUGCGCUUCCACCGCCACCGCGCACUUCUUUCCUUUCUUGCGAUGGCGCCGCGUCUCUUCGCAUGCUUCAGCAAGGGCGGCCGCAGGGACACUGGCGGAGACGUGGAGAGGCACGUGACGGCGGACCUCACGGCGGAGGAGCAGAAGCGCGGGGGACCAGUUGUGGUGGAGAUGUUCUCGUCGCAGGGGUGCGCGACGUCGCCGGCGGCGGAGCUGGUGUUGUCGCGGCUGGGGAGAGGUGACUUCGGGCUGGAGGUGCCGGUGGUGGUUAUGACGUUCCACGUGGACUAUUGGGAUUACAUGGGCUGGAAGGACCCGUUUGGGUCCAGCCAGUGGACCGUUAGGCAGAAGGCUUACGUGGAAGCUCUUGGGCUUGAUACCCUGCUCACGCCUCAGAUUGUGGUUCAGGGAAAAGCUCACUGUGUUGGAAAUGACGAGAAUGCCCUCAUUCAUUGCAUCACUUCUGCCCCUAGAUUCCCUUCUCCUACGUUCCAGGCUAGUUUCACGAGGCCUACACCAGAUUCAUUGCAAGUGUCUCUAAAAGGAACACUGAGGACCAAGGUGGAUAAUCAAGGUGCCAAUGUGAUGGUAGCUUUAUAUGAAAGUGGUUUGGUCACGGACUGUCCGAGAGGGGAGAACAAAGGGCGUGUUCUAUCAAAUGACUACGUUGUUAGAAGACUCGAGAAGCUCUGCACCGUCAAAGACAUAUCCGUGAAAAAGACGGUUUCUGGAACUGUUAAUUUUCCGUUGUGGGAAGGAUUCAACGGCAGCAAAUGUGGUCUUGCUGUUUUUGUACAGAGCAGGUCUUACCAGAUUUUUGGUUCACAAAGUUUUCGGCUGCCGGAUGAUAUAUGAUGCUGACGUUGAUGCAUUAGUUCUGUUUAUUACUAUACAUUGAUUGUUUGGUAGGCUACAUAUAUGUGUAAAUAGUGUGUUCCAGUUGUAGGCUACAUAUUUUGUUGGUUUAUUUCCUUAAACUUUGUCAUUCCUUGUGAUUGAUUCUUUAGUUAGGAGAUUGAGAGAGAAAUUCAGAGUUGUUCUCCCAUUUUUUUUUUAUUGUUAUAACUGGAUCUAAUAUCGAAUUCUACGAGUUGCUUUUC